GAUGACGAGGUGGACAUCGAGUCCGUAGAGGAAGGGAGACAAGGACAGGCCAUCAGUCAAAUGAAAGAAGCCGUCAGGAGGGCGCUAAAGGAUUCACGAGACUCCAGUGACGGUUUUGGAUCAGCGAGGGAACUCGACGGACAGGAUCACAUGGACGAUUACCUCGAUGAUUGUAAGGAUAACAGGAGGCGAAGGAACCACACGGUGCUAGAAAGGCAAAGACGCACUGAACAGCGAGCCCUGUUUGACAAACUUCAGCAUGUCCUUCAGAGCGACCCCAGGGCCCCCAGACUCCGCCUUCUCUCUCUGGCUUUAAAAGAAAUCCAAAAUCUUGUUGAGACCUCAAAAAAACUGGAGGAGCAGAAGAAGAGGCUGACUUUGAUGCAAUCUCUUUAUGUGAAGCAGCUUUCUCUUCUGUCUGGGAAGUCAGAAAUACUGAUCAAACACAAGCUGAAGGAGAUCUGCGAGAGGCAGAAAAUAAGAGAGAAGAACAUGAAAUGGAAACCUUUCUUUUCAAAUCUGCUCCAGUCCAGAGCCGCUCAUCUGCAAGCCACUAACCCCCAGUCAAAGUCCACAGCCCUGUUACAGCAUGACUUUGACUCCUCUCAGGCUAACGCAGUCACAAAAGCAGUCCAAGACAAGAUUAUGUCCCUGCUUCAGGCUAACCUGCAAAGGCUUCCUGCCAAAUCCAGCAUGCAGACACCCAUGCCUCAAGCAUUCCCCUUUCCAGUCCAGGUGAAGUUCACUUCACCCCUUCUACAAGCCAGGCAACCUCAGACAAAUGUAACUCUUCCUCAGGCAAAUGUAACUCCUGUUGAGGGCCGGCAGGAGAGAUCUGCUGCCCCGGUCCAGGUCUUUGUGCCCAUUUCCCAAAUGCAGAGGACAGUUUCGGCUCCCCAAACGCAGACCUCCGUCGCAGCUCCCCGAACGCAGAGCCCAGUAGCAGCUCCCCAAACGCAGACCUCCGUCGCAGCUCCCCAAACAGAGAGCCCAGUAGCAGCUCCCCAAACGCAGAGCUCAGUUGUUGCUCCCCAAACGGAGGGCACACCCACGGCUUCCCAAACUGAGAGCACACCCACGGUUUCCCAAACUGAGAGCACACCUACAGCCUCACAAACAGAGAGCACAGUCACAUCUUCCCAAACGGAGAACACAGUCACAGUAAAACUUGCAGUCGCUGCAGCCCAGGAUGGAGCCCCACCUACAUCCUCAAUGCCAAACUCCUGGAAGCCUCCCGUUCAUCCUCCACAGCCCUUUUCUCUUCCUCUGAUUCGCUCCAAGACCGGCAGAAUCAUACUUCCCUCAUCCCUGAGACCAC